GACGCUAUUGACAACUCCACCCCCGAUGGGCGGCCCCAAGUACAGCAACACCCUUUCCUCCAGUUCCGCCAAGCGCCACCAGAUCGCAAGACGAGUUUGACGUGGGGGACCCGCGAUGAGCCCGCUCAGUCACGUCUUGAACUGGACAAACAAACCCGGAAAUUGCUUGGAGGGAGCCUUUGGGAGAAAGCAAUGAAUAGCCUGGAUCGAGAAGAUCAGGAAAAGAUCAACGGUCUCAAACCCAAACGCGAAGACCAGGCGGCAAGCUCCCCUCCAAACGACCAAGGGGAAGCCAGCGCUCGCGGAGCCGGUCCAGCGGCUGACAUCGAUAUCGUACUCCGCAAGGCGGAUGACGUCAAAGAGAAAGACAAGGAGGGGACAUGGAAGCCGGUCCUCGAGAAUAUCACCAAGGGAGGCUUGGCAUUCAAGUCCCUCGGCGACGCUGCGGUGAAAUUUGACCAGUCCGGCUACGCAGCCCUGGGCUGGUCUGUCGUGUCUUUCGGCCUGCAGAUCGCUGCAAACAAUGACGCCGUUCGCGAAUUGGCCCUCUCCAGUUCGCAGUUUGUUAGGGACUUUACGACAAGAUACGCGGCGUAUGAGACGUUGUUUAGAGGGGCCCAGCCCGACGAAGAAUUCGACCGUCGCCUGGUAGCAGCGUAUAAGGCCAUCUUACACUACGUGAUAGCCCUGGACAAAUACCUACGGCAGGGCGGACUAGGUUUGUAUUUCGUUAUGGAUAUCUGGUCUUCACAGUUCUGAUUUGUUUAGAGCAUCUUAAACGUGCAUUUGUUGAACCUAAGGAUCGCUCCAUCUCCAGAAGGAAGGAUGAGGUCGUUGAAGCAGACGCUAAGGUUACAG